AUGUACCCAGAUCCAUCUGGUACAGAAAACAUAUUUUCGGGAAGGCCUCAACACACCCUUCCGGCAAUCGCUUUCCCGCAAGAAAACAAGCACGGGAUCUCCCAUCCGUUGUCGAUUCUCGCUGGAUUUAGACGAUUGUUGUUCACAGCAAAAUUGAUAUGCAUUUGUUUGUCCAACUCUAGAUCUCUCCCACUCCCAUCAUUUGCACGCCUCUCUCGCACCACCCUAUCAACCUCCGUCAUUCACAACAACGCCUCAGAAACAAUGAAAACCAACCUCUUUCUCAAGGGCGACGUCCUUACCAACUCGCCCCGGCGCAGCGAAGAAAUUCAGCGCGUUCUGUGCAACGUUGGGAAAAUCAAGAACAACGUAGAGACUUCUUUCGGCGAGCAUCAGUGGGCGGUCGUCAUAUUCAACGGCCUCCAUACUUCGAGGACUCGUCAACGUCACUCGACAGUUUUUGGGUUCGUCCAGGGCGGCAAACGCUAUUUUUUUCAAUGUUGGACAGCCCACAUUUUUGAAGAUGGACGUACGGAGAUGUUCUCCGAUUACGACCGCGAGCUCGAUCUUCAAGACUUGACGCCUAUCAACUUCGUCGCCCCCAACGGUUCCGUCAAGCACACUGUAAUCUACGAAACGGAUGGCCGUUAUACGAUGGAGUAG